AAGAGACAGGAGAGAGAGAAGUUCCUCAUCACAUCGUUAACAACAAGAGACAGUGAGAGAGAGAAAGUUCCCUCAUCAAUUUCGCUAACAACAAGAGAACAGUGAAGAGAGGAAAGUUCCCUCGUCAACAUCGCUAACAACAAGAGACAGUGAGAGAGAGAAAGUUUCCUCGUCAAUAUCGCUAACAACAAGAGACAGGGAGAGAGAGAAAGUUCCCUCGUCAAUAUUGCUAACAACAAGAGACAGUGAGAGAGAGAAAGUUCCCUCGUCAAUAUCGCUAACAACAAGAGACAGGGAGAGAGAGAAAGUUCCCAUAACAUCCCUGGACCUCAGGUUGGUCCAGAAUAACCCUACUAGUCCCUCUCUCAGGACGUCCGGUCCCAAAUCAGUCAACAACACUUCAACAGACAGUCCUCUAUCCAGCAGUAGCAGCAGGCUCAGAGUCAGUGACAAAGUCCAGAAGACCAGCAGCACUGCACCCAAAAUGAAGGGGCUCAACAUCAAGAGUAAAACCAAACCCCAGGAGCAGCUUUCCCCAAAACCAGCCAGAGCAGAAAGUCCGUCGGUUCUGAGGAAAGCCAACAACACUUCUCCUCUCCAGUCCUCCAAACUGCAAGCCAAGAAGGUGGGCUCCCCCCUGCAAACCAGGAACGUGGAUUCCCCUCUGCUUACCAGGAAGGCAGCCGUAACCAGCAGCCUAAAGAGUAAACAGCAAGACCGGAGCAGCAGUAGUAGUAGCCCUGCCACGCCCGGAACAGAGGGAGGCCAGGACAACCCCACAACCACUACUACGCCAGAACCAAUCAGCCAAUCACAAUCAGCUACCAAGAUGAAGGUAGAGGAGCAACGUCUACACAAAGAGGUGGAGCAAGGGAUUUUGGCGGUGGCCAAGUCAAAAGAACGACCAGAGCCAGUCCCAACUACCCAGAGGACCUUCAUCGAGGUGCGACUCUCAUCCUCUACUCUUUCUCCCUCCUCCUCGCCUACACCAGUUCUGGCACCAAAGGAAGUUGUGAAUUCAAAGGAUUACUCAAUUACUCAUACCACAAAUAUUACUCAACACAAGGAUCAGGUCAAUGGAAAUCCAGUAGAGACUAGUCUAUGGCCAGGAACCCCUGCAACCCCUGGCUCGGUGUGUAAUCUUGAAAAGGUCAACUACACUACCAGUGAAACAGCAGUGAACUCAAUAGUCCAAGAAUCCGUAGAUGGGGUUCCUUUGCCUAUGAGCAAUGGUCCCAUAGGCAUCUCUCACACGAACUGUAGUAUAACAGAGACGGAUGAAACUGAGAUCCUCAAAGCCAACAAGUCCAAACUGAAGGCGAUGGAGCGUCGUAGUUUCUCCACAGACAACAGCGUCUCAGAGGAUCCAAACUCCUUCUCUGUCCGCCAGAGAAUCAAGUCCUUUGAGAACCUGGCCAGCUUCGACAAGCCAGCGCUCAAAUGUAUCGAGAUCCAGUCCUUCGCUCAGUCCUAUGCUCUGACGGCAACGUUGAAGCCGCCUCUCAACCGGAGACUGUCUGGCUACAUGUCUGGAUCGGUGAGCUCCAUAGACUGUCGCUCGCUACGAAGGAGCUUCAGUUCGUGCAUCGACAACUUCAACGCGUUAACCCCCUUGACCCCAAUGUCGCCUCAGCUUCGCAAGUCACCGUCGAGCCUGACCSUCACAAACUUUGACCUGUUGACGCAAAGCUGCAGCACUAGCGAAGCUCCCCUCGGACAAACCCAGGACAAACUUGCAGAUGGAGAAAGUCCCAGAAUCUCCCCAGGAGUUGUAACCCUAACCCCUCAGACGCCCCCGGUGAUGCGGAGUCGCCAGGCCCGAGGCCAUGCCAACCUGUCCCGGUCCAGACUGAGGGAGCUCAGGGCCCUUAGUAUGCCCGACCUGGACAAACUCUGCACCGAUGACUUCUCCAGCGACCCAGGGACCAACGCCACCAUUAAGACGGAGCUGGAGAUACACCAAGCCAGGCCCACAGAGGUCGUUCAGAACCAGACAGGGGGCUGUUCCCCGCCUGCUAACCCCACCGAGGUGCACCCGACCAGGGCCAGCUUGGCGGACGCUGGGGCCAGCCUGGACCCCAUCCAGAGGAAAACCAACUGGCAGCAGACAGAUAAUCAGAACUGGUCCAUCAGUUUGACAGUGCUGGGCUGGCUCUCGCGUGUAGCAGAGUAA